UUGAAAAGGACAAUUCCAACACACAAAUUUGUGAGCUGAAACAUCCUUUUCAACUAUUAACAAAAUUCCUUUGAUACAAGUGAAAAUUUAUAAUUUCUAGGCCCUAUUUUUUUGUUGCUGUUGUUAAAAGGUAGUAAUUUUAUUGUUCCUUUGUUUCCAUUCUUGAUCUAAAUCCAAAGUUAAAUGCUGACCUUCAGGUGUGGCAUUUAAAGGGUCUAUCCUUUGUCUGCUUAGUGGGGAGAUCCCCCUCUUUGAAACUGGGAUUUGAGAGAAGGGUCAGGUCAGUGUUCUGUCACUGAGUCACACUCACAAGGCUUUCUCUGGGUAGUCAUGACAACUGUUCUCAGUGAGAUAACAUUUUAAAAUAGACAGAGAUUCCCCACUAAGUUUGUCUUAUAUGUAUACUUCAGUCCUUAACAGCACAGCAAUAAUUAUCCUGCAACGAUCUCAUAUUUCUAAACAACUUAGUUUUAUAGCUUGCCUUGAAUAAUUGACCGUGAUAUUUUUAUCAUAGUUUUUCUUUUAUUGCAUGUGUUUUUUUCAUCUAUCUAUUAACAUUUGAUCUUUGUAGAAAUUAAUAAGGGUUAUGAAUUAAAAUAUUAUUGAAAGGAAGCAUGUCAGCGAUAUAUUGAUUCUGCAUUCGACAAAGCCCUUUCAGACAGUUUUAAUGGGGUUAAUGAUAUUCAGGGCCCUUUGGGAAUCGGUCAAUUCAAACAACGCUGACAACAUUAAGGGUUGAUCAGUUAUAAAGGUUGAAGAUCAUGAGGAUGAGUAACAAAGUUGUCCCUUACAAAGGGCAGAACUACAGCCACCUCAAAUCGCACCAUUUGCAAGAAGGAUCUUUAUUUACUGAUGUGACAUUCCCUGCGAUCGAUAAUAUCAUUGGAGCAGAGGGUAUUCCGGAUAACGUGGUCUGGAAAAGAGCCAGUGAAUUGACAACACUUCCAAGGCUUUUUACCGAAUUGGACACAUCAAAAAUUGUCAGAGCUGGCGAACUGAGUUGCAACUGGAUAGUUUCAGCCUGUGCUAUCUUAGCAGACGUAAAAGAAAUCAGAAACAAGGUAAUACCUGAAUAUUGGGAUCAGGAAUGGCGAGAGAAUAACUAUUGUGGAUUAUUCCAUUUUAAGUUUUGGCGAUUUGGAAAUUGGACUGAUGUUGUAAUAGAUGACUUUCUUCCUACAGUUGAAAAUGUUCUCUUAACAACGCAAUCUAAUCUUGAGAAUGAAUUUUGGGCUUCUUUAGUCGAGAAAGCAUAUGCCAAGCUACAUGGAUCGUAUGAAGCGCUCAAAGAAGGCGAACUUUCUGAUGCCCUGGUAGAUUUCACCGGAGGUGUAUGUGAAGUAAUAGAUCUAGCAGCUGGAAGAUAUGACGAUUUAGAAGAAAAACGUGCCCAGCUAUAUGAUAUGCUGAACAAAGAAUCAACGGAUCACAGCAUAGUUUGCUUUACGGCGCCUUCAAAUUCAAACAUAGGAGAGAGGACAGAACUGGGUUUGACCAAGGGUCAUACAUAUCACAUGACUGAUAUAAAAAAAGUAUACUUAGGGGAAACAACACUGCGCUCACUCUUCAAAGGACGAGAAAAAGUGGCAAUGGUUAGGUUAAAGGACCCAAGAUAUGAAGAAAAAAGGGCUCCAAGUUCACCAGAUAGUGCUCUUAGUAGUGAUGGGAACCCGUUUGCAUAUAGCACGGAAGUUUUAGCAAGGCUGAGGUCGAAAAAUACUGAUUGGCAACACAUUGAUUCUGCUGAGAGGAAAAGACUUGGUUUAGUGUUUCGUGAUUCUACAGAAUUUUGGAUGCCAUUGGAAGAUGUGGUGAGUGAAUUUAGCGAGGCAAUAAUCUGCCGGCUUGUCACUGAAAAUUUCUUUGUUACACCCGCUAAGAAAUGGAAAUGCUAUUAUUUUCCCGGGGUAUGGGGCACAGGACCUAGAAAUACGAAAUUGGACAGGUCCGGUGGGGGCGAUUUUUAUGGCGAAAACUUUUUACAUAAUCCACAGUUUGGGCUUGAUAUUGAAGGGAGUAAGGAAAUAAUUAUUCAACUGCUACAGUUUCAAGAAGAUGAACCUUCUGUAACAAAUACUAUUGUGAAUCAGCUCAUAGGUUUUCACUUAGUUAAGGUAGAAAAUAAUCGUUUCACAAGACUACACAAAUUAUGGCCACACAAUCCUUUAAUAAUUGCUGAAGAUCAUAAAAGGAAACGGGAGAUAGUUUAUAGAGGGCAUCUUUCUGAUGCCAAGUAUGUCAUAAUACCAACAACAUACAGGGAAGGAGAUUCAGCGUCCUUCCUCCUUCGGGUUUUCACACAAGACAGUGGUGUUUCAUUAAAAGAACUCAAGGAAGACAUUCCUAAACGGUGGGCACCGUGUUCUUGUUUAAUGCCAGAAGUAGAAAUCGUGACUGUGAUAAUAAUUGAAAGUGCUGAACUUGAAAACAAGCAUCAUUCAUGGGGAAGUGCAAGACUAAAUCUAUAUUGCACAAUUACUUGUGAAGGCUAUAAGGUCAAAACAGAUUUUGCAACGGAUGACAUUCAUCCGGAAUGGAAUGACGCUUUUAUAUUCUAUAGAAAGAAACCAAAGAAACCGUUAGUUUUAAAGGUGUUCUCAAAAAAUAUGAUAUUUCCGAAUGCGCUAUUGGGCGAAUGUGAACUCCCAGCUGAGGUAACUCAUAGCCCGACUCAGCUAGAUGCAACAAUAUUUUUGAAGCAGAAAACAAAAGAAGGAACAGAAACAGUACCCAGUGGUACUUUGCAUCUUACGAUGCUGACUGAAGACAAUCUUUUUGCUGUGUAAAAUUCUAAAUUAUAUUCAUAUAAUAUAAUUUAGCUUGUGUGUAAUAAAUAGAUAUACAGUAGUUUCAAAUAAAUACAAAAAAUACCUCUUUGCAGCAACAAAUGUGAUAUAUUUUCCUCUUAAGUUGUUAAGUUUUUUAAAUGUAUAUAAUGUUAAGUUUUUGUCUUCUAUGCCUAUUACAAUUCUGAGUAAUAAGUUAAUCAAUCUAUUACUUAUAUCAACUGUUGAUUUUAAUGUGU